AACGACAAGUCAACACAUCCCCACUCAUAUAUAUACAGGCUAGGUCACCGCUGCCUCUCAGCCUGCUAUUCAUUCCUGUCACCCAGUACGGAGAGAAGAAACAAUCUGAGUGACAUCAUGAACAAGCUUCUGGUCAUCACUGUGCUCGUCACUCUUCUGGGCCUCAGUGCUCAGGGCCUCCGUCUGCCUAGGCAAGCUGAGGAGGGUACGCCUGAGGAACCGGUCGCAGAUGUUGCUGAGGCUGAUGGAAAGCAGGGAACCCUGGAAAGGCUGACCAGCGCCGUCAAGGGCUACUACGACACGUCCAUCAGCACCGCCUCUAGCUGGCUGGACAGCAUCGAUGGCCUGAAGCUGAAGGAGAAGGCCGCGAAUGCCCUCAGUGACACCACCGUGGCGGCGAUGACUUACGCUGGCAUCCUGCAGGACCAGGUCUACCACAUCUUUUACCAACCGUAAAGACCCUUCCUUGUUUCCCUCUGUGUCCCCAACGUCCUCAAAAUGCUUUUUUUGUUUUGUGAGGAGUUUCGCAGCUGUGGGCCCCUACUCUCUCAUCCUGGAGCCUCUGAUCAGCUUCACCAGACCUCCAACCCUCGGUGACGUCCCCCUGGAGUCUGUGUAGAUGGAAAUACAGUAUUAUUUUAUGUCAACCUUUUACGUUUCAGUCAUUUAGCUCUUAUCCAGAGCGACUUACAAUCAGUGCAUUCAUCUUAAGAUAGCUAGGUGGGACAACCACAUAUCACAGUCGUAGGAAGUACAUUUAUUUCUACAAUAAAGUAGCUAUCAGCAAAGUCAGUGAAAGUAGGAAAAUACUUUUUUAAAAUGUUUUUUUAAUGUCAACGUAUCUUGAAAUAAAAACAUGCAUUUGUAGAAAACCA